AGAAAUCAUUUCACACGAAUGCUUAUCAGAACGACUUAACACACUUGAUUGACUUCCGCUCAUUUGGACGUAUCGAAGAUGCCCAACAUAGUUGCCGAUAUCAAAGAUGUUUUAAGUUUGCAUGUGGUGACCAAUGUUCUUCUGUCUGUAACAUAUUACCUUUUAAAGGUUUAUCGUCCAGUAUGUGAAUAUCUUUUUGAUGACUGUUUUCUGGAACUGAAAGAAUGGGAAUGGCUAACCUUUCUAGGCUGUAUUAUAGUGAUAAAAGGUCGUAGAAAAGCUGCAUUCUUGGAUUAUGUGGCUACAGCAUGUAUGUUUGCAAAAUUUUUGAAUGGAUUCAUGUUGUUUCGAACAAGUCCCAUCUACGGCCUGGCUUAUUUUCUGGUUGUUCUGCUGCACACUAUUGUACUGCCUAAACCAGUAUACCAAGGACCAGAAAGUAUUACGUAUUUCAGAGGACCUCAUUUACAGGAUGAAUUAGAAAGAGACAAAAGGAUAACUUGGAUCGUGGCGUUUUAUGCUGCGUGGUCACCACAGAGUGUUACGUUUGCUCCAGUUUUCUCUGAAAUUUCAUCUCUAUAUCGUCUAGACAACUUACAGUUUGGUAAAAUUGACGUGUCCAGGUAUCCAGACGUGGGGAAAAUGUUUAAUGUAGACAGUAGCUCCUGGUCAAAGCAGCUGCCAACAGUCAUUGUUUUUGAAAAUGGAAAAGAGACCAACAGAAAGCCAUUCAUUUCACCAAAAGGCACAGUAGUGCGUUACAAAUUCUCAAAGGAUGGAAUGAUUGCUGAUUUUGAUCUGAAUAAUAUCUACCAACGAUGUAAACAAAAUCCUCUCAAAGGACACAAAGAAAAGAAGGAUACAGAUGUCACCACAGAGAAGAAGGAAAAUUAAGGCCAAAACAUUAUACCAGAUUUGUGCAAUAGCGGAAAAGAACAGAAAUUUAUAAUGGAUUUUUUUUGUGUUCUCGAUCUUCAAAUGUCCAUUAUGCUUAAGGCAUUUUACAUGUGUAUGAUUGUGUUUGUUCAAGAUGACAUUAUAACAUUAUUCAGAUUUCCUUUGAUGGGAUAUGGGUUUAAAUGUUGUACAGAUGAUUGGGUGUUUGUAAAAAUGUUAGGAAAUUGCACAGCUGUAGAUGUGCCAUGGAUUUUUUUAUUCUAUAUGUGGAAUGAAAGUUUUAUGAGUUUUCAUAGAAAA